CUGGCCGGGCUAGGCAGUGGCGUUGCCAUGACGAGCAUUUUCUUAAGCUCGCGCCGCUAGGAGCAGGAGGGACUCGACUCGCAAAACGCUGGAUUUAAAAAAAAGGGCGAAGAGGCAGCGCGGAGACCGCGCCGAGGAGCCGCCUUCCCGCAGUUUCGGUUGAAGACAGUACCCAGGGAGCCCAUCUCUUUCUCUGGGAGAUGCAUACUGGCUGUUGCUAAGGUUGCUUCCACGGUAACAUGUGCAUCCUGUUUACACCUUCAUUGGAAGAAGUUGGGCUUGGCUAGGCUCACCAGUUUUACCUGGGGAGCUGCAAAAAGAAGCGCUGGUAUCCCCACGCCCUUGCCAGCCCUUCCCUCCAACCCAGGAUCCUCCGUUUCCCCCAGAGGCGUUGCUUCUGGUGCCCUACAGGCCACAGAACUGGGCUGCUUUCUGCGUGGAGCUCAGAAGUUUACAUUACCUGCUCUGUUUCCGUUGAGGAAAGAGACACAGGAGUGAAAAAGUUGCAGGCAACAUUUCUCGUGCUGCUCUCUGCUUGAACCAACUCUGCUUUUGUCAAGAUGACGAACAACUCUGCCGAUCACCACCCUGGGAACUCUGUGGUUGAGGGCAACCAUGAGGGGGACUUUGGUUGCUCUGUUAUGGAUCUGCGGGACCUCAUGGAACUUCGCAGUGGAGAGGCUGUGAACCGGAUAAACGACACCUAUGGGGGUGUACAUAAUAUUUGCAAGAGAUUGAAGACCUCGCCAGUGGAAGGCCUCUCUGGGAACCCCGCGGAUCUGGAAAAAAGAAGGCAAGUAUUUGGCCAGAACUUCAUCCCACCCAAAAAGGCCAAAACUUUCCUGCAGUUAGUCUGGGAAGCACUUCAGGAUGUCACGUUAAUCAUCUUGGAAAUUGCAGCCAUAAUCUCCCUGGGCUUGUCUUUCUAUCACCCUCCUGGUGGCGACAAUGAAAUGUGUGGGCAAGCAGCAGCUGGUGCCGAGGAUGAAGGUGAGGCUCAGGCUGGAUGGAUUGAAGGGGCAGCCAUCCUCUUCUCAGUCUUUAUUGUGGUGCUGGUCACGGCCUUCAAUGACUGGAGCAAAGAGAAGCAGUUCCGGGGCCUCCAGAGUCGGAUCGAACAGGAACAAAAGUUCACGGUCAUCCGGAAGGGGCAGGUUAUCCAAAUCCCCGUGGCUGAGAUUGUGGUGGGGGAUAUUGCUCAGAUCAAGUAUGGUGAUUUGUUGCCAACAGAUGGGAUCCUGAUCCAAGGCAAUGAUCUGAAAAUUGAUGAGAGCUCUCUGACUGGGGAGUCAGACCAGGUGAAGAAAUCUCUGGAGAAAGACCCCAUGCUGCUUUCUGGGACUCAUGUGAUGGAGGGCUCUGGUCGAAUGUUGGUCUCGGCUGUGGGUGUCAACUCACAAACUGGAAUCAUUUUUACUCUACUGGGUGCUGGAGAAGGGGAAGAGGAAAAGAAGGUCAAGAAAGGUAAAAAACCCGGAGCCCCCGAAAAUCGCAACAAAGCAAAAACUCAAGAUGGUGUGGCCCUGGAGAUCCAGCCACUGAAAAGCCAAGAAGGGGUGGAAAACGAGGAGAAGGAGGAGAAGAAGAAGGUGAAGGUCCCAAAGAAGGAGAAGUCAGUGUUGCAGGGGAAACUCACCCAUUUGGCAGUUCAGAUUGGAAAAGCAGGACUGAUUAUGUCAGCCAUCACAGUCAUUAUCCUGGUGCUGUAUUUUGUGAUUGACACCUUCGGGAUUCAAGGAAGGCGAUGGCUGACCGAAUGCACCCCCAUCUACAUCCAGUAUUUCGUCAAGUUCUUCAUCAUUGGUGUCACUGUGCUCGUGGUAGCUGUGCCUGAAGGCUUGCCUCUGGCUGUCACCAUCUCUUUGGCCUACUCUGUGAAGAAAAUGAUGAAAGAUAACAAUCUGGUUAGGCACUUGGAUGCUUGCGAGACAAUGGGCAACGCCACUGCUAUCUGCUCAGACAAGACCGGUACUCUCACCAUGAACCGUAUGACUGUGGUCCAAGCUUAUGUGGGGGACACCCACUACAGACAGAUCCCUGACCCAGAAGCCAUCCUGCCCAAGAUUCUGGACCUCAUCAUCAACGGCGUUGCAAUAAAUUCUGCUUACACCUCUAAAAUCUUGCCACCAGAGAAAGAAGGGGGCCUCCCACGUCAAGUUGGAAACAAGACGGAAUGUUCGCUUCUGGGCUUUGUGCUGGACCUGAAGCAGGAUUAUCAAGCCGUCCGCAAUGAGGUGCCAGAGGAAAAACUCUACAAGGUGUACACCUUCAACUCGGUCCGCAAAUCCAUGAGUACGGUGCUGAAGAACCCAGAUGGGAGCUUCCGCAUGUACAGCAAAGGAGCCUCUGAGAUCCUCCUGCGCAAAUGCACAAAGAUCUUGGACAAGAAUGGGGAAGCCAGAAUAUUUAAGGUGAAGGAUCGGGAUGAGAUGGUGAAGAAAGUGAUUGAGCCAAUGGCUUGUCAGGGGCUGCGUACCAUUUGCCUGGCCUACCGGGAUUUCCCUGCUGGAGUUGAACCUGACUGGGAUACUGAAAACGAGAUCCUGUUUGACCUUACCUGCAUCGCUGUGGUUGGCAUUGAGGACCCUGUUCGACCAGAGGUGCCUGAUGCAAUCCUGAAGUGCCAGCGUGCUGGUAUUACCGUCCGGAUGGUUACAGGUGACAACAUCAACACAGCCCGUGCCAUUGCAACCAAGUGUGGCAUCUUGCUACCUGGGGAGGACUUCCUGUGCAUGGAAGGGAAGGAAUUCAACCGGCUGAUCCGCAACGAGAAAGGAGAGGUGGAACAAGAGCAACUGGAUAAGGUUUGGCCCAAGCUACGAGUCUUGGCACGAUCUUCACCCACUGAUAAACACACGCUUGUGAAAGGAAUUAUUGACAGUACCGUUGGAGAACGGAGGGAGGUGGUGGCUGUGACUGGGGAUGGCACCAAUGACGGCCCAGCCUUGAAGAAAGCAGACGUGGGAUUUGCUAUGGGCAUUGCUGGCACAGAUGUGGCUAAAGAGGCCUCGGAUAUCAUCCUGACAGAUGACAACUUUACAAGCAUAGUCAAGGCGGUGAUGUGGGGCCGCAACGUGUACGACAGCAUCUCCAAAUUUCUGCAGUUCCAACUUACGGUCAACGUGGUGGCUGUGAUUGUGGCUUUCACGGGCGCUUGUAUCACGCAGGACUCUCCCCUGAAGGCUGUCCAGAUGUUGUGGGUCAACUUAAUCAUGGAUACCUUUGCUUCGUUAGCCCUUGCCACAGAACCCCCAACCGAAUCCUUGCUCUUGCGCAAGCCAUAUGGCCGCAACAAGCCACUCAUUUCCCGCACCAUGAUGAAGAACAUCCUGGGGCAUGCUGUGUACCAGCUCACCAUUAUUUUCACACUGCUCUUUGCCGGUGAGAAAUUUUUUGAUAUUGACAGUGGCCGGAACGUCCCCCUCCACUCCCCACCCACUGAACACUACACCAUCGUCUUCAACACUUUUGUCAUGAUGCAACUUUUCAAUGAGAUCAAUGCUCGCAAGAUCCACGGUGAGCGGAAUGUCUUUGAGGCCAUUUUCCGGAACCCCAUCUUCUGCUCCGUGGUGCUAGGAACCUUUGUUGCCCAGAUCAUCAUUGUAGAAUUUGGUGGGAAGCCCUUCAGCUGUUCUGGACUCACCUUGAGCCAAUGGUUCUGGUGUAUUUUCAUUGGUGUCGGAGAGCUGCUUUGGGGACAGUUGAUCAGCAGCAUUCCAAACAAACAGUUGAUGUUCCUGAAGGAGGCAGGCCAUGGCAUUAACAAGGAGGAUAUUAAUGAUGAGGAGUACACUGAGGGUCUAGAUGAAAUCGACCAUGCUGAAAUGGAGCUGCGGCGAGGACAGAUUCUCUGGUUCCGGGGUCUCAACAGAAUACAGACUCAGAUGGACGUAGUUUACACAUUCCAGACCGGCGCCUCCUCUUUACAGGGAGCCCUCAGGAGACAGCCUUCCAUCGUGAGCCAACACCACGAUGUAAAAAAUGUUUCUAGCCCAACCCAUAUCAAAGUGGUGAAUGCGUUCCGUAGCUCCUUGUAUGAAGGCCUCGAGAAACCCGAAUCCAGAAGCUCCAUUCAUAACUUCAUGACUCACCCAGAGUUCAUCCUGGAGGAAGACGAGCCUCGGACCCCAUUCCUUGAUGGCACCGACGAAGACCCAGAAGCUGAAGAACUCACAAAGCAAAGUGAGGAGAGCCCAGGCGAGUCCUCACCCCUCAACAAAAAUAACAAUGCAGUGGACAGCGAUACAGCUGAGGACACCAUUCCAGAGCCAGAAAGCCCUUUACACAGCUUGGAAACAUCAGUUUGACCUCUGAACUUUGAUCCUCCUCCUUCUCCCCACCCUCCGCCCCCUCCAUGCAACUUAGGCACCAACAUCUGACCAUACACUGCAGCCACUUCCUGUUAAGUGCUAAUACAUAUAUGCCUAUUUCCUCCCUCUCUCCCUCCUUCGCCCCCAUUUAUGAUUAUUUAGCCGCAGGAACCACAGUACCACAUGACUAGAGAUUUGCUUCUCAACCAUUAUUUUCUCAACCAUUAUUUGAGAGAGUUUCUCAGGAGAGAAACUGCCAGCUUUGAUGCAUCUUGUUCCUUCAAGUUGGGUUCCGUGUGUCUGUAACAGUCACUUUCCCUAUGUUGAAAGUUGCAUGCGUGAAGAAACAAGGUUCAGAUUCAUUUAAGCAGCUGUGUGUACAACAUCAGAUGGUGCAGUUGUGGGGAUAGCUCUAUUUUAUGUGCAGAAUCUGAAUCUUAGAUGCCUCCCUGUGCCCUUGGGGAGAAGGAACGAGCACUAAGAGGAUGCCAUUAUUAGAGGGGGGAUCUGAAUCAGAUAUUGGACAUGAAAGUGAACCCAGUCUUCCAUUGGGGGGAGGGGAGAGGGAAUGGUACCUGAUUUUUACCAUUUUUCUGUUUGUGUAUUCUCUCUCUCUCUCUCUCUCUCUCUCUCUCUGUUUCCAUGGUGGUAUCAAUCACCAGAGAUAAGAGUGACUUUUAAAGUCUUAAAAAUGUCUUCUAAACAAUGUGGCUUGAAGAAGGCCAAGCAACAAGGAGUUAUGAGAGCACCAUGCUCUCUGAGAGAAUGAAACAUGGCCUCUGGGGGAGAUGAGUUGUAUAUGAAUUAAGAGCAGAUCACAUAGGCACUCUUGUGUUAGCUGAGGUUAUUUCUGUUCAAUUUGACUUUAGGGUUUUACUAUUUUGACUCUCAGAUUAACGAAGUCAUUGGCCCUAUAAGGUCAACAUCCCAAUUCCAUGCCUGAUGAUAAUAAUAAUAAUAAAUGAUCCCAAAUAACGUUGCAUAAGUCCAGGCCAUGGUCCCUGUGUACUUUCAGAAGGCUUAUUAUGGGAAGAGGGGUAGCUCCUCAGACAGCGCAAAAUGUAAAGAAGUUGGGCCAGGCCAGCUCUAGUAAUGAGCUAUUACUACAGCUUCUCUUGCGUUUUGCGUGCUGAAGAGUUAACAGUGUAACAGGAACGCAAACGCCUUUGUGAAAUUGCAAAUGAUUUGGCGCUAUGGAGUUGGGCCUAGUUACGUCACAAAGCACCUUCCUCAGUUAUAAUUUGAACGAGGCAUAGCAGUACGGCUUCUCCACAUUUCUCAUUAGGAGUGCCUUCCCUUCUCAUUUCAUCGAAACUGGCCUGCACCCUUUGCCCAAA